ACCAAAAAAGCGCCUUCUUUUGUAAGCAUAUGUAAAUUGCUGAUAGGACGUCGCCAUAUAAAAUUGAGUCGGGCCGGCCCUGCUCUCAUUGACAAACACACACGUGCAGUAAUAUACAGAUCUUUUAUAAAAGCAUUCCUUUCUCUCCUGCUGCUGCCGAUAAGAGAGCUAAGUCAGGGAUUUAGAGCGUUAGCUUAUCGUCAUCUUUAUGAGGCUUUCGGUGCAAAAAGCAUUAAGCGACGCCCAGCAAUCUGCACAGGGAGUGAGACCACUGGAAAGAAAGAGGAGGCGGAGGGAGAGCCGGAGCAGUAAAUACUCGUGUCUGGAAACACAUCGGCUCCAAAGCAGGUGGAUUUACAUUCCUAGGAAUUCAAAGCCGGCUUGACGGCUAAAAUCUCCACCAUCGCUGGGGUUUUUGCGGAGCAGACUGCACAUUUUUGUGUGGGUUAGUGCGACAUAUGGAGACACAAUUCACACAAUCAAAUUGCAGACAAUGUACAGUUAAUUACUCAACGCACUCAAAGAGAGCUCGCCUCUGAAAGGGACGACUUUUCAUUUAUUCAGAAAAGAUCCAGCAAAAGUACAAGACGUUGUCACUGAUCCAGAAAGGAGGCAAUGGAGAAGUCUAUGGGGGGAUCAGAAAAAUGGAUGGCUUGAUGACACGCGCGGAAGUGUAAUUUUAUAAACGGCAACGAUCGUGAGAUCAAUGAGACGAAGAAAAGGCAUUAUUUCUCUUUACGGCUGGUACAGUCUGGACCAAGAGAUUGUCCUGGUGCUGGAGAGUCCAGCACCGUGCAUGGAGCUCUUUGACUUCAUCCAUGGAAAUGGCCAAAUGGAUGAAGCACAAGCUAAGAACAUCUUUAAGCAGCUUGAGGAUGCAGAAGACACGAUGGACGCCUCAGAUGUCUUCCAUCGUGACAUCAAGCUGGAAAACGUCCUCAUUGAAACCAGCUCCGUGGUCCCUCAAGUCUGGAUCAUCGAUCUCAGAAGCGGCUGCUUUGCGACCUCCUUGGUGCACAAGAGCGUCUUUGGAACCACUGAACUUGCUCUUCCAGAAGUUGCUGCAUGUGGGGAGUACAAGGCCAACCCCACCACAGUUUGGCAGCUCGGGAAUCUCCUCUACGAAAUCCUCCAUGGUGCUUAUUUUGAACCGGAGGAAUACUUCUUGCGGAGACAAAUUGAUACAAGGAUCUCUCAUAGUAAGUUGAAAUAUCCAGUCAGUACUGGCCGUGAUACUGUCAGCAGCAUUUAACUCCUUGUCGUAGUUCGUAGAAAUGUGAAGGUGACAUCUAUAAGUUUUCCUUCCAUCUGGCAUCGGAGCCUGUCAAGAUCUCCUGAGCGAAUGCCUGACAAGAGACACCCAAUGUGUGAUUGUGAGUGCACUGUUAGUCUCUAUAUGCCCUGCAAUUGGCUAGCAACCAGUUCAGGGUGUACCCGGCCUCAUGCCUGUUGACAGCUGGGAUAGACUCCAGCACUCCUGUGACCCUCGUGAGGAUAAGCAACUAAGAAAAUGGAUGGAUGUUAUUGUUUAACUGGACACCACUUUUGUCUUAAAUGUCCAAAGUAAAAUACUUUUUGCAUAUUUUAAACGUUCUGGUACCCACAUAAACAUACAUCGUCCAAUAUUUCGCAGUUUUUCACUUUUCACGAGUGGUUCUGGUCUCAAUUACUGUAUGUACUUUCUCAGCUGUGUACAUAUCCAUGUAUAAAGGUUCCUGGGAGGCUAAUUCGGGUUUGGGGGCGUGUGGGUGUCGGACCCAGUUCCAACGCGUCAGGUCCUGUUUUUUCUUGGUCCUGCCCUGCCUCUCCACUCUGCUUGUCCUCCUGAAUUUUAAAUCCACUGCAUACACUCGUCUCCCUUCAUUUUUUAAUACACCGCAUAACCUAUCUCUGGAAGAAGGUGGGUCACAGGUGGGCUGGUAUGCGUGUUAGGCUGUCGUGCCUGAAUGCCCCCCCCCCCAACCCCUGGCUCACUGGCCAUCCAGAUGUUAAAUGCACCACCCCAGUUAGGGGGUCACUGAUUCACGGGGUCGGGCCAAUGACUGCCUGCAAUCAUAGUAACAGGCGGCACGUGGGUUUUACACUUAGUUACAUAGCAGUAAUCAGCUUAUUAAUAUUUGGGUUCAUUGGUUUGUAUUUUCAAUGUAUGUAUAUUUAUGCGCAUUGUUGUUGUUUCCCGCACACUGUGUGCUUCCCACUUAUCUGAACACGUUCACUGAGGUAAUUAUCCUAUUAAGCUAACGAUAUUGUACUGAGACAGCGUCAUUAUGUAGUAUACAUGACAUCUUUCAAAUAUGAUAAGAGGUUCUGCCUGAGUAUUAAUAGUCUUUAGACUCAUAUCAAAACCUGAACAUCAUAAUUGUCUAGAUAAAAUGUUUUUUUUCUCAACUUUCCUUGUUUAAGUGUUCGCACAAGGUGUUGAAACAUUGACCAUUUACAGCAUUAUUAUCAUAAGUCAUUUUUGUAAAAUCUAUGUAUUUCCAGAGCAUGUUGGAACAAUGACCUCAUGUUUAUGAGGAAGGCACAGAUAAAAGAAACGCAUGCAAGUUGUGAUGUUGAUAUUAUGAUGUUAUGUUAUUCUAUGGACUUGAUCUAAUGACACAAGAGAGACAGAAAUAAACAGAAGUAAAACUACACAAGUUUACCAAACAAGAGACAAGGAAACAGAAGGCUACUGACAGAUGAGGAAAAAAAGCAAAAGGAAAAGGGAGAAUCACAAUCCCAACAAUAAAACACAAGAAGACGCAAGCACAAAGCAUCUAACUGGGGAUGAGUAGGACCUGCAGUCGUCCACAUCUGGCCUCUGUUUCUCCUGCACUUAAAAGCCAUGCUGAUUGCAAUUUGGAAGCAGCGCACGCAGGAAGCACCGCCCACCCACGAACUCGCAACAGGGAGAAAAGUCAAGCAUAACAACCUGGAUCAUGAUAUCGAGACUGCGGCCAAAUUGGUUUAUGUGAGAGCUUUUUUUCAACAUAUGUGAGUAAGAUUUCGUGCAAAGUGCAUAUGUUAAAAUGCUCCCUCAAACUCAUCCACUGUAAUUAGACAUCGUGCUUGAAAGUAGGCCUGGAUUGCACCAUAAAUAAAAAUGAAUUUGAUCAUUUUAGUAGUCUCGAUACAUGGGUCUCAGAACCUGGGUGCAGUUUUUCCAUUGCUGAAUGAACGGAGUGAAGCUUCUUGUCAGUUAUUUAGUUGCUUUGUAUCUGCUAGGAUGCACGCACAUAUGAGCCAAAGGCCGAGGAUGAAUUGCUUUUACCGUAACAUUGGUUCGCCGGUCUGGCU